UCUCGGUUAACCAUUCGAAAUAGAUGCUUCUGAUAGAAAGAAAAAUUAUAUUCUUCUAGGAGCAAAUUUAAGCCAAAAAAAAAGCUAAAGUUUUCCAAAACAAAAAGCGUUCUAUUAGAAAAAAAAUCUCCAAUUUUAGGAUAUAAUCACAAAAAUAUCCUUUCGGUGUUUUGUUAAUUUUUUUGAUUGUGAUUUUCUAAAAUCUAGAAAAUAUAUUUGUCACAUCCCGUUUUUAAGUGUUUCAAAUUUAGAAAAAAAAAAAAAUCAUUUUAAGAAAAUAUUUAAGAAAAUAUUAAGAAAUAAAAAAAAAAAUAGAAAAUUCAACCCCUAACUUAAGAGUUUCCUCUCUCUUGCAUCUACCAAACCAUUAUCAUAAUCAUCAUAAACAUCUGUGUGAAGCAUUCAACCUCUCGCUCACCACGGUCAAUUUUCUUUCUCCCUCUAUGCUUUGAAUCGAGUGUUUACACAAUUUUGUUGUGAUUUUCCGCAAAAAAAAAUUAUUUUCAUCGUCUUCGUCCUUAAUUGUAAUUUGGGUCACAAAAAUAAAAAAUAAUUAUUAUCAAAUAAAGUUUUAUUUUCCAUUGAUAAAUAAAUAAAUUUAAAGAUAAGUGUCAACACUUAUUACAAACAGGGUGUUUUUUUUGUAUAGUUUUGUGAAUUGAAGUGAAUAAAAAAAGAUACGAAACGUUCAAUAUUGAUUGAAUAUCCCCAAGUGGAUACAACAAAAAUAUAAGAAACCUAUAACCAGAAUAUAAUAAAUCUUGGAUACAUUUGCACACGUACUUCAGGACACAGGACACACGCACGUUUUUGAUCCCAAAGACUUUGAACUCGACUUAUAAUGGACGUCAUAUCAAAAAAUAAUAUAACAACAUCAGAGGAACGUUCAUCAAAAAGUACCGAAAAACUUAAAAUGCUCGAUAUAACACGUGAUAAACCCGUUAAAAUUGCAGUCAAAGUUGCCGUUCCUGUUCGUGAUCAUCCAAAGUUCAAUUUCGUUGGCAAACUACUCGGUCCUAAAGGCAAUUCCAUGAAACGCCUGCAGGAAGACACAAUGUGCAAAAUGGCAGUCCUUGGUCGGGGCUCGAUGCGAGAUCGAAAAAAAGAAGAAGAGCUUCGUGCCAGCGGCGAUAGUCGCUAUGCACAUCUUUUCGAGGACCUCCAUGUAGAGAUUUCAACAUUUGCAGCCCCUGCUGAAGCACAUGCUAGAAUUGCCUAUGCGUUGGCAGAGGUACGACGGUUUUUGGUUCCGGACUAUCACGAUGAUAUUAGACAAGAACAAAUGUGGGAAAUGCAAGCAUUAACAUCAACACCAACACAAGGCCCAGCGGGAGAUCAAAACAGUCCGAAUGGCGUCACAGAUAUGGACACAUCCAACGACGAACGAACGGAUCUGGAAGCACUGGGCAUGGAUUGCUCGGGAACAGCCGAUAAAAGUGAUAGCAACCAAUCGAGUACAAACAAUGACAGUCACCAUCAGACAACAGUAUCGAGUGCAGAUAGCAUAUCAGCGACUAAUACGACGUCAGUUCACCCAUCAGCAAUGGCUGUAGCAAUUCAACAACAACUCACAGCCGUCGGAAUGGCUGGAAUUCUCAAACCAUCAACAGGUGUUGCAGCAGUCACCGGUCUACCACAAACUCAGUCCACAUUAGCCAUGCCCAGCGAGGCUGAAACGACAACAUCCACACUGGCAUUGCUCGAUCCACCCGGUGCUUUAUUGCAUCCAGCGUUGCGCGGUGUCAAGUCAAUCAAUAUUGCUGGUCAACUUGGACGCAAACGACCACUCCUCGGUGUACCACGUUCCGGAAUGAAUCCCACCAAACGCACAGUGAUGACCCUCCUAGCCCGUGCCAAAAAUUCACAAGCCAUACACUCUGUACGAAAUCCAGCAGCGGCAGCCGGCUUUGCUGAAACGUCACCCCAAUUCUCCAUUCUGUCAAGCAGUCCACUUCAGAUGUUAGCCUCACCUUUUAUUCUGCCACAACCAAUGGAUCAGUCAAUGGUUGCUCUACAAAAGGAGAGUCUGGCACAGGGUGUUUAAAAAAAUCAAACACAUCUACACCAAAAAACCCAC